GUUGUUUUGUUGUUUUGCUCAAACGUCAACAAGGAAAGCGUUGUUUCGCGCUCGUUUUAAUUUUGGGCUUAUUUAUAACAUAAACUGUAGGAUAACUCCACCCGUAAACCAUGGACAACGAUCGGUUAACACAACUGCCCAUGUCCCGCAUUCGAACCGUGAUGAAGACGUCCCCCGACAUGGGAAACAUCAACCCGGAAGCGCUGUUUCUAAUGUGCCGUGCAGCCGAAAUGUUUAUCGAACACAUGGCAAAGGGAGCUCACCGUCCGGGGAAGAAAUCGCUCGAGUAUAAAGAUCUUGCACAGUACGUGGAAAACGAUGACAAGCUGGAGUUCCUGCAACAGAUCCUGCCGAAGAAAAUUACCGUCAAAGAGUACAAAGCGAUGAUGGCGAAAAAGCCGGGCACGGAUGAGGAUACCGACAGUGAGGAGGAAGCGGAAGAGGAAUCCGGAAACGAGGAGGCGGAACAGGAUGCGGACGAUGAUGAUGUGGUGGAGGUGGUGACCGAGGGCAAACAGAAGACCAAACAGCAGCAGCAGCAGCAGCAACAGCAAGACAGUGAGGAUUCGGCGUCCGAUAGUGGGGAAAGCAAUAGCGUGAUAUCCAUCGAGUCUAGCUCCGAUGAGAAGGAAAAUUCCAAAAACGUUAGCAAUAAGAAAUCACCGUUGAAGCACAAAACAGGCGACUCACCGUAAGGGGGGCUCCUUUUUAUCAAUCAUUGCUAGCACCGGCCUCAAACUUCCCGCGAUUAUACCGUGUGCCAGCAGAAACCGGCAGUGGGGUUUUCUGCACUUCUGCUAGGAUGGAUCACCAUUGCAGUAUAUUUAUUUAAAUAAUAGCAGUAAACUGUCGUUAGUUUGAUGGGUAAACCCUGCUGUUUGCAAUGCAAGA